GCCCCGCGCUGCGCUCCCGGUUCCUUCGAGUUGUACUUGAAGCCGCCAAAAUGGUGCUAGCAGAUCUUGGAAGGAAAAUAACGUCAGCAUUGCGCUCGCUGAGCAAUGCAACAAUUAUCAAUGAAGAGGUUUUAAAUGCUAUGUUAAAAGAAGUAUGUACAGCAUUACUGGAAGCUGAUGUUAAUAUCAAACUAGUUAAGCAGCUCAGAGAAAAUGUCAAGUCUGCAAUUGAUCUUGAAGAGAUGGCAUCUGGCCUCAACAAAAGGAAAAUGAUUCAGCAUGCUGUCUUUAAGGAACUCGUUAAGCUUGUGGAUCCUGGAGUCAAAGCAUGGACACCUACCAAAGGAAAACAGAACAUUAUAAUGUUUGUUGGGUUGCAGGGAAGUGGUAAAACAACAACCUGUUCAAAGUUAGCCUACUUCUAUCAGAGAAAAGGCUGGAAGACUUGUUUGAUAUGUGCAGACACAUACAGAGCAGGUGCUUUUGACCAGUUAAAGCAGAAUGCCACAAAAGCAAGAAUUCCCUUUUAUGGAAGUUACACAGAAAUGGAUCCUGUAAUAAUUGCCUCGGAAGGUGUGGAGAAGUUUAAAAAUGAAAACUUUGAGAUAAUCAUUGUUGAUACAAGCGGACGUCACAAACAGGAAGACUCUUUGUUUGAAGAGAUGUUACAAGUUGCUAAUGCCAUACAACCGGAUAACAUAGUUUACGUGAUGGAUGCCUCCAUUGGCCAAGCUUGUGAAGCUCAAGCUAAAGCUUUCAAAGAUAAAGUAGACGUAGCCUCAGUUAUUGUCACCAAGCUUGAUGGCCACGCGAAAGGUGGUGGUGCCCUUAGCGCAGUUGCUGCCACAAAAAGUCCUAUUAUUUUCAUUGGAACGGGUGAGCACAUAGAUGACUUUGAACCCUUUAAAACACAGCCUUUCAUCAGCAAACUUCUUGGUAUGGGUGAUAUCGAGGGAUUGAUAGAUAAAGUAAAUGAGUUAAAGUUGGAUGACAAUGAAGCGCUCAUAGAGAAGCUCAAACAUGGUCAAUUUACAUUAAGAGAUAUGUAUGAACAAUUUCAGAACAUCAUGAAAAUGGGACCAUUCAGUCAGAUCUUGGGUAUGAUCCCUGGUUUUGGAACAGACUUCAUGAGUAAAGGCAAUGAACAGGAAUCAAUGGCAAGGCUAAAGAAAUUGAUGACUAUAAUGGACAGUAUGAAUGACCAAGAACUCGACAGUACAGAUGGUGCCAAAGUUUUCAGUAAACAGCCGGGAAGAAUCCAAAGAGUGGCCAGAGGUUCAGGUGUAUCUACCAGAGAUGUUCAGGAGCUCUUGACCCAAUACACUAAGUUUGCACAGAUGGUGAAAAAGAUGGGAGGUAUCAAAGGACUUUUCAAAGGUGGUGAUAUGUCAAAGAAUGUAAACCCAUCUCAGCUGGCCAAACUGAACCAACAGAUGGCAAAGAUGAUGGAUCCACGAGUUCUUCAUCAUAUGGGUGGCAUGGCAGGAUUGCAGUCAAUGAUGAGACAAUUUCAACAAGGUGCCGCUGGGAAUAUGAAAGGCAUGAUGGGAUUCAAUAACAUGUAAAGAAGCCUUAAUAAAAAUGGACUUGGUUGACAGUUUGUUGCAACUUCAGUGAAAGGAUUUGCUUUCUUCCUUUUUACAAUGAUGGGGGAGUGGUGUUUUGAAAUCUUAUUCAGGCUUCUCAGUUUCUACAUCUAAUUUCUGAAGAUUAUUUUUGCUUACAUUAGUUUCUCUCCACUAAUACCUGAUGGCACAAAGAGUAUUUCAGUUUAAUAAAACAAAAUCAUGAUGUAAAAUUUUAAUAUUUAGAGACACUUGUAAAUUGUUUGCAUCAAAUGGCAGCCAUUAUAUUUGUAAACAACCCUGAGCUUUGGUUAUAGUAACAUAAAAUGUCACAAAUAUACUGUAAAAUAAAAGUGGUUAUAAAUAAAGGAAUAGCCUUUUUUUCCAGUUCUUUCAUAGYUACACUUUUUUAGCAUGUAAUGAGACUAUUUUCUUAUUGAAAAAGACUGCUGUUUGACAUGUUUUUAAUUACUGCUAUGGCUAAUGCUUGACAUAGAUGCUGAACUAUUGCCAUAGUAUUUAAAACUUGGU